AUGCCUUCACAACGCCCCUACUUCCUCUCCUCCUUCCUCGCCGCCUUCCGUCCUCAAGGCCCCUCCAUCUCUACAUCCUCCCAUCAACCAAACAAGCACACCCGCGACGCAACAACCACCACCACAGCCGCAGCAGCAGCAGCCGCAGCAUCUUCAGCAACCACAUCGACAUCCGCCGCCGCUUCGUCUUCACAUCACCACCACCAUCAUCAUCACCACCAAACAACCUCAUCAAGCGUCGCCCUCCGCUCCCCCGCCUCCGGCCCGACGACAGCCGCCACAUCCCCCGGCAACGGCGCCGCGAUACCCAUCCCCGGCUCAUCGGGCCGUCGCGGUAGCGAUAGCAGCAGCGAAGGCUUCCGAGACGUGAUAGGCGCCGACAAGUUCUACAUCGGCGGUCGCACACCCGGAGGCGAGGAGAAGUUCUUCAAGCUCGGCGUUAUUCGGCGCGUGCGGAGCAACGACGGCUUAAGCCUCGAUCGCUUGAGUUUAUAA